GCGGCAGGUUUGCAAAGGUCGUUGAUCCACAGAAGAAGAAGACGGAAGAUUCGUCUCGGCUGCAGCGACCCAAUAAGUAUUUCGUUGAAGCCAUCGAAAACCUAAACAAAAAACCUCGGAAAUAUCGAUAAGAAGCUCAACAAACCAUCAAGAUAAGAUACUGACUUACAAACAUGUGGAACGGACCAGGGCAAGGACCAAGGGGAGGACCACCCUUUCGUGGUGAUCACCGUGGAGAAAUGUUUGGUGGCAGAGAUCGUCCCAUGCCUGAUUAUAGAAGUAGAGAUGGGAUGAACAUGGGUCAAAUGGGCCCAAGACCUCUAGAUCUGCCACAUAUGGAUAUGAGAAGGAUGGAUGGGCCUCACAUGAGGGGGCAUGACAUGGACCCACGUGAUAUGCGAGGUAGAGAGCAAAACAGAGAUUUUUGCGGGCCUGGAGAAGAGCCAAACUUCCCUUUACGAAGGCAAUAUGAAAGUUCUAUCAGAGACAAACUUAUGGAUGCUUCUGGUUUCCCGGGACAAGGCAGAAACUCAGACAUGGGAGGGCGGGGAAUGCCACCACAGGAACCAAAGAACAGAUUUAUGGACAUGAGAGACAGAGAAUCUUUUAAUUAUGACAUGCCGCCCUUCAACAAUCCUAAUAUAGAUGGAAGAAGAGGGUUUCCCGUGGAGCGAAAUGAUGGAUUUAGGGACAUGCGUGAAAGGCCCCCAAAAGACAAUGAUGGCGUGGAUGGUUAUGAUAUGGACUUACCGCCACGUGAAAGGAGAAUGAUGGACACUGACAGAAGAGGGGGGCCCCCUUUGAAUCCAAGAGGCGGGUUUGAUUCUGAUAUGGAUUUCAGAAAUCGUUCUGGUCCUUCAGCUGAAUUUAGAGGUAGGGAUCGAUCUCCCUUAAGAUUUGGAAACCGGAAUGUCCCUCCAGGGGCUAGGGCAAGACCAGACAUGCCUUCAGACAUUGCUGGACCUCAAAGAUCAAAGUUUAUGGGUGCAGACGGACCCAGGGAGAGAGAGUUUCCAGAAUCAAGUGGCAGCCCCCUAAUGGACUAUCGAAGUGGUGAAGAGAUGACUCUUGCAGAGGAAUGGAAGAACCGUCGAAAAGGGAAGAUACCCUUUUCAGAAAUGGGUACAGGUAUGGGAGGUGUCCCUGAACCUAGCUUCCCUGUAGGAUUUGGCAGAGAUGGAAAUGUUAGAGAUCCACCACCAUUUCAGCAAAGGGAUAGGCCACCUGUUGAAUUCCCGGGGAAAGGGGUCGGCUUUCCACUUGUUGACCACUUUUCUGGUAUGAAUCUACCAUCAAUUGCCAGCAAAGCUCCACAUGUGCAUCCACCCCCGGAAAUGAUUCCCCAUACUGGUCCUCUUGGGAGAGAAAGUGAGAGCAAACAUUGGCUCGGAGAAAGAAACCCGAAACAUAGUCAGAAUAAAUCAAUUCGCGAUGAAAGGCUUCCUUACCAACAAGAGAAGAAUCAGCCUUCGCAUUUGAUACAGGAGCCAGGUGAUUGUUUUAAAGGGAUGAAAGAUAUCCCACAAAAUCAAGGACAUGUCAGGGGUAAGAUGGGGGAAGAACAUGAUUUUCAAAGCAGCAGCACUACGCAAGCAAAAGACCAGGACUACAGAGACAUCGAUUACAGAACAGGCCCCGGGAGGGCUUUUGACUACAAACAUGAAGCACUUCCAGUACCAGAGAAACUUCUCAAAGAGUCUAAACCAAUCACACCUGCCAAAUUUAGUGAGUCUGGAUCUCAGGAUCAAGAUUACAGGAAUGCAUCAGUGGAGGACAAAGUUUCCAACACAAUUUCUAUAAUUGGUAUUCCAAAGACUGCCACUAUGGAGCAGAUUCUUGGUGCCUUUGCGGUCCGUGAUGGUGUGCCAAUGCAGGGGAUGAAAAUCAAAAAUGUUGUGCCAGGUUACAGCUACGAUACGGCCUAUGUGGAGUUUUUAAACCUCGAGGAUGCAGUCCACUUCAUGGAGUCCAACAAGGGAUCCCUAAAGGUUGGCAGUAGAACAACAUCCAUGAAGUUCAUUCAGCCAGGAGAGUGUGAAAGAAGUGUUCAUGAAUCAGAUCACAAAGUACCUCAACUCCAGGAGCCCCAGUUGCCCAGACCAGACCAGCCUUUAGAGGAGUUGAAGACCAACCUAAAUGGGUCCCAACCAAAAGGCCCUAUUGAACCAUUGUCCCUUAACCAGUGGCAGCGUAGCUCUGACCUGACACCUGAGGCCUGGCAGCAGCAGGUGGACCAACAGCUCCAACAGCAAGAAACAGAGCAGCAGGCGGAGUCUUGGGGCAACCGCAACCUUCCCCAUCACGGUUCCCACCAACCCGAGUCUGUCUUUAAGGACAGCAAAACCAUGAUAAUAAAAAAUGUGAAGCCCACGACCACAGUGGAGACUAUCUUGAAAGCCUUGGAUCCCUUUGCCUAUCUGGAUGAAAGAAAUGUGCGUCUCGUCAAAGCCAAGCCACCAGGAUCCAAGUGCUUCUGCUUUGUUGACAUGGACUCCCAUGAGCAAGUGACACGUCUGGUUGAGCUCCUCACCAAACCCAGACCCCUUUAUGUUGAUGGGGUCAGAGUUUAUGCUGAGGUUGCGAAACCUCUAAAGAACCAAAACUUCAAGAGAGAAUUUGAUAAACCAAACAGUUCCAUCCUUGGGUUUCCACCUGAUCCCAGCAUGAUGGGGCAGCAGAUGUUCCCCCCACCCCAACAGUUCUUGCAUCCUCUGCUGCCACCCACUGCUGCCUCCACUGGAUUGCAAGCAGGUGAUAUUACAGCUAGCAUCACUAAUACCGCUCUGUCAUCAGACAUCAGCAUUGCACAGGGCGCUGCCUAUGGUGAGACUCCAGCAAUCGAUCCAGCAUACCAGGGUAGCGGACCUGUUUUGCCCACAGAAUCAGCUGGGAUGCCAGUCGCUGCAGACGGAUCACAGGCCUACGUCUAUGGCUCUGAGAUUCCAGACAUGACCAACUACUUGUACGAUUCUACAUCAGGCUUCUACUACGAUCCUGAGACCACGCUGUACUACGACCCCAACUCUAGGUAUUUCUACAAUGCUCAAUCCCAAGAGUACUUGUACUGGGAUGCUGCAUCAAAGAGCUACAUCCCAGUCCCAGGAGGGAACCCUGCGGCCAUACAGCCGUUGCCCAUGACUGCUGAAGACCAGGCCAUUCUUUCCAACCCAGCAGCAGAUGCUCCUCUGGAGAUGAAAAAAGCAUUAACUCCUAACGCAGAAGACUCUGCAGCAUUAGUUCCCACUCCUGAUGCCGGCUCUGAGCCGGAGCCUGUCCCAACUUCCUCUGCAACUACUGAGAAGAAAGAUGAUGAUGACUCUAAAAAGGACAACGACAAGCCCAGAAGCAUCGCCGCUGUCAAGAUCAUGAAAGAUAUGGAGCGCUGGGCAAAGAUCCAGAAUCGGCAAAAGGAAACUGUCCGUUCUGCAUCACCACUGCUGAAGUUUGGAGGAGACGAUGAUAGGGGUCGGUCCAAGACGGCUGAUGCUGGUUUUGCUAUCUUCGAGAGGAAGAUCUCGGGUCCAGAUGAUCUUUUUAAGAAACCCCUUGCUCCUGUUAAGAGAGAUGAAAAGUCAAAGCGUUCUAUGGGCUCUCUGGGUAUGCUGGCAUCAGACUAUGCAGCUGGAAGUGAUGAAGAGGUAGAAGAAGAUAGGGAGGAGGGAGCCAAAAACAGUCAGGGUGGCCAGUCUGAAGACAAGGACAGCAAGCUGACAGACUGGAAGAAGAUGGCCUGCCUGCUGUGUAGGAGACAGUUCCCCAACAAGGACGCUCUGAUCCGCCACCAGCAGCUCUCCGACCUGCACAAACAAAAUAUGGAGAUCCACCUUAAGAUCAAGAGGUCAAAGAAGGAGCUGGAGGCACUGGAGAACCAGGAGAAAGAACUAAGUACAAAAGAACCUACCAGGUCACCAGAACCGAAGAAAAGGAAACACCACCAACAGAUGCAGCAUCAUAAUUCCUGGGCCGGAAGCUCAAGGGAUAUUCAUAAAGUCAGCGAGAGACCUGGUCUUGGAGCUGAACCUGCCCCGCAAAGAAAAAAGAAAGAACCUGUCGUGUGGGACCAUGCGACAUACAAACAAGCGGUACGCAAGGCCAUGUUUGCACGGUUUAAGGAACUCGAGUGAUCUCAUCUGAACACAUCCUCAAUUUGAUAUGUGAUUUGUUAAAAUGACACGCAUAAGAAAGCUGUUUCUCUGAUGUUUCUCUGCUUGGACAUUAUAAAACUACAGAACCACCGUUUUCUACACUGAAAUAAGAUGCAAAUUAUGUUUGAAGUUUAAAUAACAAGGAUGUUGUGGAGCUAAAAGAAGUGAAAUUUCUCAUCCAUAACAGUGGAUGUUGUAUAGAAAAUGUUAAUUCAUGCUGUUUUUAACUAUUUUUGUCCAUGUGUAAUGUGUAUGUAGAAUUGUGAAAUAUGUCCAGGUCAUUUUCUUUCUUUCUUUUUUUUUUUAAAAUGAUACUGUCACACUGGCCACAAUUACAGUUUGUUCAAAACUUGAGCAAAUAUGUAAUUUUCAUGGUUUGGAGUUGCAAUUGUAUGUACACAUUUUUAAGUAAAAAAAUAUUCUGAACUAA